AUGAAGUUGCGCCCUUUCGUGUGUCUAUCUAAGGCUUCUGGUCUUCCUUCAGCUAAAGCUCCACUUGCCCGCACUCAAGCGAGAAGAGCUGGUCAAUUACACCCGUUUCAACAACACCUGCCCCUCCGAACCUACUCUGCAUCUGUACCUCGUCGCAUGUCCAUGCGCAACCCCGAAUCGGACCCAGACUUCUCAGAACGAGUCAGUAAAAGGCGACGCAUUUCUUCUCCGACGCGGGAAGACUCAUAUGCAACCAUGAGCCCCGACAUACCCACAAUCGAACUCACUCCGCUUGAGAGCACCCUACGAACCCUACUCCUCGAUGUCGCACAAUACAUCACCGAGAAGAAAACUACCGCGGGGGGUAGCACUUUGAUAGAUCACUCCGGGACUGUCCUGCGUUUCACAGGCGGGUGGGUCAGAGACAAGCUGCUCGGGGUCGAGAGCCAUGAUAUCGACGUGGGCAUCAGCAACAUGACGGGAUACCAGUUCGGUAUGGCCCUGAAAGACUAUCUGGAUGUUCCAGAGCACCUUGAAAAAUACAAGAAAGGCCUUCCAAACGGGGAAAUGCACGAUGCCAUUGUGAGCCUUCACAAAAUCGAGGCCAACCCAGAGAAGUCAAAGCAUCUCGAGACCGUGACUACCAAGAUCUUCGGCCUGGACAUUGAUUUGGUCAAUCUACGGAAGGAAACGUACACAGACGACAGUCGAAAUCCUCAAAUGGAGUUCGGCACCGCUGUCGAAGACGCUCUGAGGCGCGAUGCAACAAUCAAUGCACUUUUCUACAACCUUAAUGAGUCACGGCUGGAGGAUUUCACAGAGAGAGGACUGGGCGACAUGAAAAAAAGAUUAUUCGAUGCCCAAUGGAACCAUACCAAACCUUCAAAGACGACCCGCUGCGGGUGCUUCGAUUGA